AAUGUGCAGUUUUUUCGGGGGCGGAGACAAGCCUGCUUUGCAUCAAUAGCGAGUAAAACUGUAGACUGCUGUACUGUAGGCUACAGGCUGGCCCAACUAAGUUUACAAUAGGAGACAAUACGGCUUUUCUCUCGGUUCUUCUGGCUGGUGGUGGCUGUGAUGUUUAUCGGCCGCGCACAGAGGAGGCACGGAGCGCAAUAGACAUUUUUUCCGGCGCUGAACUCACCAGAAUCGUCCAUAGUAAAGUGACACUGGGGGACUCGAACAAGUGACGCGCCUCGGAAACCCAACACAGUUACAAGUGAGGUUAUUUGACACUAGCAUUGUGAUCAGGAGGAAUACACACGAUAGCGGCUUUGUACCCCGCGCCCAGGAUAACCCAGCGCGACUGUUUUCAUGUGUUACGAUCGCAUGGGGAGGCUAUGAGAAGUGGACCGUCUGGUUUGUUUUCUCCAUUCACUUCCAGUCUGCAUGGAACAAAGUGUGCUUUCUGUCACAUAACCUGCGCCGUGGGGUAGAUCUGGACAAGUGGUCGGUGUGUACGGUGUGCGCCGCAGCCCACCCGCCUUAGUCAAAGUCGAGCUUCUCCCCUAAAUCACAAUGAGGACCACCGAGGAGGCAGAGGGCUUUGACGGCGAGGCCUCGAACACCUCCAUGAUCUCCGGGGCGAGCAGCCCGUAUCAGCCCACCACUGAGCCCGUCCAUUCACGGGGUGUUUUAGGAGGGAUAAGGUGCGACGUGGAGUACCUCAAGUCAUACUUCGGGAUUUUAAAGGUGGUGGAAGUGGUCCUCUCACUCAUUGCAUUCAUCUGCAUAGAGACUAUAAUGAUGUGUUCUCCCUGUGGAGGAGUCUACUUCUUUGAGUUUGUUAGCUGCAGUGCCUUCGUGGUGACAGGAGUCCUCCUCCUCAUCUUCAGCCUCAAUUUCCACACCAAGGUGCCCCACGUCAACUGGAGCCUCACGGACCUGGUUAAUACGGCUGCCAGCACCUUCUUCUUCUUCUUGUCCUCUCUGGUGUUGGCCUGCAUCAACCACAACACUGGAGCUGAAAUAGCAGCAGUGAUCUUUGGUUUCCUUGUGACGGGUGUGUACGGCCUAAACACCUUCCUGGCAGUGCGGAGGUGGCGCCUCGGCAGUGGGUGUCCAGGGGUGGUCCAGACCAGCGAGUACAUGCGAGCACGCACAGCAUCUCGUGGAGAAGUGGAGGCUCGGCCUGAGCUUGCGUGAGGACAGCAGACAAUCAGACAGACUGAGGGGAAAACACACCAGCAUCAGCUGACUGGAGAGGGACCCUGCUCUGCCUUCCAAACGGCAUCCAGUUUCACUCUAGAGUGAGUCAGCCAUCUCAAGCUCACCAGACCCUUUGACUUUUUUCAUCCUUAUCCUCAGCCUUCGACUGUCCAGCCACUGAAUAAAUCUUU